CAUGCCCGGCCGGGACGCCCCUGAAACAUACGUUCCAGAGGAGCAAGCAGGGGAAGGACAGUCUCUCUCCCUGGGCAGCCAGAUGGCCGCCUCCCUGGGUUACAGCGCUGCCUCAGACUCCUGCGGGGCUUCAUGGGAGUUGGCAUUUGGUGCAGCCCCGUUGGGUUCUGCAGGCACUGCCAGGGGGUGCUGCAGCGGGAACUGCUGGCCAGCCAUUUUGGGCACUGAUUUCGCCACACCCGGAAGUGCACAUCCAAACACCUGGAGCACUUCGGGCACCCAAUAAAAGGAGCCAGCGGCCAGAGUCGGGUGAAAGGUGGAUGAAGCGAGGAGGAGCGUGGUAAAGAAGAUGAAGAAGAAGCUGUGUGGUUGUUUGGUGCUGCUUUGGGGACUGUGUUGUGGCUGGGGGACACGGGGAAGACGUGCCCUCCAACUGAAGAGAAAUGAAUAGUUUGUCUGUUUCACCCGUGUCUCCAUGUCCAUCUGUGUCGGGUCAGGCGCCUAUAUAGCGCCUUUGGUACAAUAUAUAGAGUAGAUAUAUGUACAGGGUGAGUCCAAAUGAUGUUAACACUAAUGGAUUCUUUUGAUCUCGACCACACCAUUCCAGGUCAUGGUGGGCCAUGGUCCCCGAUUUGACAGCCUGUCCUUUCUGGCUAUGGCGUACUGUGAAGGAGCGCACCCACACUCCACCAGACUGGUUCAGAUCUCACCUCUCAGGCCGCACUCCGUUUGUUCAGCUUCAGACUUUCACAUGCCAACCCAGCGCUGUCACUUCAGGUGGGCUCUGUCCUGGGCCCCUCCUCUUCAUUAUUUACCUCCUAAAUAUAACAUUCGCUUCCACUGCCAUGCUGAUGCCCCCCAGCUCUGUCUCACUAGCAAACCUGCUGCUUCCUUUCCGCCCUCCUCACUUACUGAGUGCAUAGCAGAAAUCAAAUCCUGGUUUUCUUCAAAUUUUCUAAAAUUAAAUACCAAGUGACAAGACGGAGGUUCUCCUCAUUGGCACAAAUCCACGUUCUCCAAAAGUGCUCACUUUUCGUUUGUUGCUGAUAACUCCGCUGUGUCCCCUUCCCCACAGGUGUCAUCCAUGACAGUACUUUAUCCUCUCAGUCCCACAUCAGUAACAUCUCCCGGCCGCACACCACUGCUCUCCUCGUUCAUAGCCUCGUCUCCAUUAUUGCAAUUGCCUUUUCUUUGUCGCAAAUCUCUUUCUAAGCUUCAGCUGCCCACCCUCAUCAUUACUGGACCCCCUCUAUUCACCACAUCACCCCCGUCCUGCAGCAGCUUCCUUGGCUUCCAGUUCAGUUCUGAGCUCCACUCUAAAUUCUCCUGUUAACUUCUAAGGCUCGCCGCCCCUCCAUAUCUAACUGACCUCCUCCAUGUUGCCAUUCCCUCCCGGACCCUCAGAUCCUCUUCCUCCGUCCACUUGACUGUCCCCUUCGUCCGUCUUACCGCCAGCUCUAGAACUCACUACCACUUUUCAAAUCUAAACUUAAAACUCAUUUGUUUAAGACUCUCUUUGGUUAGAAUUGCUGUGUCUGAUUUUAACUUUUGUAUUUUAGAAUCUGCGUUGUCUAUUGUCCGGUGUCCUGGAGUGUUUAGAAAGGCGCCUACAAAUAAAUAAAAGGCUGGCCCAGACGGUUACUAUGCUGGUGUAAACAUUGGAGGGAUGUCUUUUGAUAUGUUUAAUAAUGGGGUCUCAAAUUCAGACUUGUACUUCUCAAAUUAUAAGCAGGAGCCUUGUGGAGGGAAACGAGGGUGACAGUGAAGCUGAUCUCUAUGGUUUGGUGUCGGACAUAUUAGAAGAGCCUGACAAGACGGAGUCCAUUUUUCCUGAGGGGACUGCCGCCUCCAGUUUAAAAUCAAUAUGGUCUUCAAACCUCAAGAGAGAGGUCUAUCAGCAAAUGUUCCAUUCCGACCACAACAAGAAUUCUCUGCCCGGCUCCUACCUGCAGCCCUCGGUGUGCCCGGAUGUGUACAACAGGAGUCGGAGACAGUACUUCAGUGACGAGUCUGCAGCGGCCCAGCUGAAGGCAGAAGAGCUCUACCAGAGAUUUGGCGCCUUUGAUGUCAACGAUUACUGGCUUUGCCCCAAUGGAAACAGCAGCUACUACCCUUUUAAGGAUCUGGAAAUGUCUGCCGUUCAGUCUGCAGAUGCCUCCUAUGCGGACAGCGUUUUCACUCCACCUCAGAUCAAACCGCUGCCUGCUGCGAUGAGAGGCUUACAGGGAUCCAGCAUGGCUAACUACGCCAUCGAAGGUUUGUUUGAUUGUGCCGAUGCACAGCCUGUUGACUCCACAGAGGCAAUCGCAGGUGGCUUCAUGCCCCCCAAACUUAACAAUGCCUAUUGUGCUCCCUACCCAGACUUUUAUCAGUACAAUAGGAUUAAUGACAAUUUCAUGCAAUUCCCCGUGCAAGAAGGAAAACCAAUCACAAGUAACCUGCCGCCAGUACUGCACAUGCAGCUCGACUCCAACAAAGGGUUUCAAGAGAAGCAGGAGCUGAGUAAACAAUACGAAGAGCACUUGAGUGAUCAGCAGAGCUUGAAAUACGUCAGGGCGACUGCUGCCGACAUUCAGAAGAAGCUCUUCAAGAAGGAGAUAAUGCUAAGCGGUGAUUUUAAUGUGAGAAACAUUCCUGACUGUCAGAUCAAGGCACCUCAUCUAGUAGGCGACUACGGUAAGAAGCCGUUGGCAGCACUCGGUGCCCAGCACGCUGAUCACCUGAAAGCCCCGACGAGCGCCUCGUGCUCUGUAUAUUCAGACAGCCUGUUUCAGAAUGCCACCGCAUGGUCAAACGUGCCCAAGUCGUCACUUUAUCAGACUGCGGGGAAGCAGUUUGAGGGCAGUCACCCAGAGGGGGGGCACGGCCAGGCAUCCAGUAUGUCAAAGAUGAUGGCGCACCCGGUGUCAGAGUUUGCAGCACCCGGUCAGCAGACUGGCAGGAGUUCCUUGUACUUCUCAGAGUCCGCCUCAGAUGACAGCUCCAGGUUUUACUGUCCGGAAUUUGUUUAUAAAAGCCCACACCAAAACCCCCCGAAAGUGGUGGAGGCAAAGAGUAAAGCGACAGAAGGAAACGAAUACGAGAUUUCAGCCGAUAAAAGGUCCAAGCCUGAAAGUCUCGUUUGUGAGGCUCUCUGCGCUCCGCACUUUGGGCCCAGCGAUAUCAACGAGAAGCAGAACCGUCAAAAGAAAAACGCCAGUAACAGUAAGAAGGUUAGAGACUUGCUGCAGCAUCCCUACCUGGAACUGUGCCACGGCUCAAAAAGGCAGGCAGGAGGAGGCGGCAGCAUACCCGCUCAAGCAAAAUUACUGUGCCCCAGGUAUGCGGGCACAUCAGGGAACCCUCGGAGCUCAAACAGCCUGCCCACCACCUCGGGUUUGCCCGUGGACCUCUUUGAACUCCUGCCGAGUGAUGAGCUACACCCUUUACACCCGUAUUUUACCGAUUUAUUUUGUGGCGAUGUACCCCUGGCUUUGCCUCCGUCUGUUCAGAUUCCCAGGCUGCUGAAGAGCCGCAGCGCUGGACCUGCUAAUGAGCUUCACACCCAACUGGAGGAGUGCUACGAGCAAUGGAGGCUGCUGGAGAAAGAGCGAAAGAAGGCUGAGAUUAUUCUGGCCAAGAUCCAUCCUGGCAAGAGAAUUGCAAGUGGCAACAGCAACUCCACCCCGAGACUGCCCCCUAACCCCUCCAGAGUGGACCACCUCAUUGUUGACCAGCUACGUGGCCAUGCCAAGAUUUUAAACUUGCUUGGGAAAAUGGAGCAUCUGCGCUGCUUUUCUCUUCAUUCGAAGAUCUACAUAGCGCUUGAUCAGUACCUGAAGUCCAUCUACAUCACACAGGCACGGCGGAAAGAUGAAAUAAUCAACAUCUCCAGUCGGCAGUGCCAGGUGGCAUCAAGAUAUCAAGAAGAUCGAGAUAUUCUCAUCCUGGCCGCAGCUGUGAAGGAAAUGAGCUUAGCUACCAGGAAGGCUCGAACCGUGCUGUGGUGUGCGCUGCAGAUGACCCUCCCGAAGGGGGCAGCGGCUGCCGGCGAGGGACAGGAGGACCCGCCCAGAAUGUUACCCGAGGAGAGUGUCGACUAUAAGAGUGCCCAGCACGAGGGCAGUCAGAGUGUGUGAUUGGCACUGGCUAGGCAGACAUUAGCGCAGCGCAAGACUGGUAAGCGUCUCUGUUUGCGGCCUCGACAGUCUUACUGCGCGUACGUACAAGUUGUGUCAGCUGGCAUCGCCACCAGCAGCCGUUGUUCUCGGGUUACAUUCAUACAGAUUUCACUCUGGAAUUCCAUACGUUUUUGUCCGCUCCCACGAGCUUUCCCAGAAGCGCUUAACCCGCCAUGCUGGGUGAGCCUGUGGAGCACAAUUUGCCAUCAAGAAUGCUGGGCAGGAGCAGUAAGGCUGGCUCAGGUGCGUUAGGUUUGGUGACCCAAGCACGAGGGCCGACACUCACGCCAAGCACAACGGGCUUUUCUAGUGCAGCCCGGCAUCUCCUGCAUCAUUUAUAUGAAAUUUGCUCUUUUAACGCAUCACGAAUUUGAAAACGUUAGGUCUUACUGUUACUAUGAACUGUAAUUAUCACAGAUUUCACCCUCGUUUUAAGUGGGAACGUGGAAGAAACAAGAUUUGCUUUUUUACUUCUGAAAUGAGCAUUCACAUGAAAUUACACAAACGUCUAGUCGAGCGACUUUUAAUCGCAAGGUGAAUUUUCAGACUUGUGUUUAGUGUUUAGAGGUGAAGUGGCGCCCGCCUCUGCUCUUCUCAAGUGGCGAGUGUUCAAGUGUUUGUGCUGCUCCUCUCCUCUCUGCCUGGGUGUGUAAACUGGAGUGCCCCGCAUUGGCAUUGCCUCCCUUUGUAUU